AUGGAGGCUUCGAUUUCUUACAAAGAAAAUAUUAUCUGGUUGAAUACGUUAGGCCUUUAUUGUCAACAGAAAAGGAAGCGUUCGUCGAUACAAGUGACUUUUGGUGAUUUUCCUGACAAGAUAGUGGAUGGCGAUGAUGUUUAUGCUCUCACUAAGGAAAAUAACACAAGUGGAUUUGGAAAUUUCACAAGUGGAGGUGACAAGUAUCCCGUGGAUUUCAUCGAGUGCACACAAGCUGGCCCAAACAACAAGCAACUCUUUCAUUUCAACUGUCCACGUAACAUGUUUAAGCACAGAACGAGUGUCUCCACCAGCGCAGAUACCGGGUAUCACUUUGUUUCCUCUGCUGGCACCUCUAAUGUGGGGACUUGCAUUGAAAAUGAGAAGAAAGCACUACUAAAACUUAAAGAAAAUCUCACAGAUUCUUCAGGCAGGCUAUCUUCUUGGAUUGAUCAAGAAAAUUGCUGUCAAUGGCAUGGUGUAACCUGUGACAACAAGACAGGAAGCGUCGUAAAGCUUGAUCUCAGAAACCAGUUAUCAAGAAACAAUGGAUUGGGAGGUGAGAUUAAUCCAUCUUUACUUGAGUUGAAAAAGUUGAGAUACUUAGACUUGAGUAUGAACAAUUUUGGAGGAGUCAAAGUACCUGAAUUCAUCGGUCGCCUUAAAGAGUUGAGGUAUCUCAAUCUUUCUGGUGCAUCUUUUUCUGGUUCAGUAUCUUCUUUUCUUGGAAACCUAUCGAAUUUGCAAGUUCUUGAUUUGAGUUUCUACUCCGAAAAGCCACCUGAGAAUGAUCUUGAAUGGCUAAGAGGACUUUCUUUUCUUGAACAUUUGAAUUUGGGAGGUUCUGAUCUUAGCAAAGUUGCUGAUUCUUGGCUUCACACAAUCAACAAUCAUAGUCGUUCUCUCCUCGAGUUGCGUUUGCCUCAGUGUCAACUUCUAAAGCUUCCGUCUUCUUUUCCUUCCCUUAGACUGUCUUCUCUUUUGGUACUCGAUCUUUCCAACAAUGCUUUCAACUCGAGUACUUUCCCUGAAUGGAUGUUCGAACUCAGUAACCUUGUGCAUCUUGACUUAAACUCCAACAAUAUCGUUACUGAACUGCCUGAUGAGUUUGCAAAGCUCAGUUCCCUUGAAUAUCUUGAUGUAUCGUCUAAUUAUGGUAUUAAAGGUCCACUGAAGAAAAGCUUGGGGAGACUAUGCAAUUUGAAGACUUUGAUCCUCUCUUACAACAGCAUCAGCGGAGACAUUACUGAUUUUGUCGAUGCCUUAUCUGAAUGCCAAAGCAACAGCUUGGAGGCAUUGGAUUUGAAUUUCAAUGAACUGAGUGGCAAUCUUCCGGCUACAUUAGGCCAGUUGAAGAAGCUAAAAAUUCUUCAGCUGAGAUUCAACUCACUCACAGGCACAAUCCCUGAAAGUAUAGGGGGCUUAUCAUCAUUGGAGACAUUCUACCUCACAUCCAACAAAAUGAGUGGGAACCUCACCCCGAAUAUUGGGCAGCUCACAUCGUUGGUCUCGUUGGACAUCUCUGAUAAUAUGUGGGAAGGUAUUGUCACAGAAACCCAUCUACUGAAUCUUUCUAACUUACAAGAAUUUUCAGUUGGCAUGACACUUGGUAAAAAUAUUACCUUGACAUUCAACAUCAGCCGGAAUUGGACUCCUUCAUUCAAGCUGACAUUCUUGACCAUUCAGUCCUGCCAAUUAGGCCCCGAAUUCCCACAUUGGCUGAAGGAUCAGAAUGAGCUCACCAGCCUAAUAUUCAAUACCGCUGGGAUUUCAGAUGCCGUACCAGAUUGGUUUGAAGAUUUGGAUUUGAAGCUUGAUAAUCUAGACAUGGCUUACAACUUGUCAGGGAAUGUUCCAGACAAAUUUCAGUUCAACUUUCUAGCCAAUGUGGAUUUAAGCUCCAAUCGCUUUGAGGUACCUCUUCCACUAUGGUCUUCUAACAUUACAUCAUUGUAUCUGAGGGAUAACUUGUUUUCAGGACCUAUUCCUGUAAACAUUUGUGAAGCACUUCCCAAUCUAACAGACUUGGACAUCUCCCACAACAAUCUAAAUGGAGCAAUUCCCUUGUGCAUGGGUGAUAUGAAUCAGUUGACUACUUUAGCCCUAGAUAAUAACCAACUCAUUGGACAAAUACCUGAUUUCUGGGGUAAGCUUCCAUAUCUUUAUUUGUUAGAUAUGUCAGAGAACCGCCUAUCCGGCCAAAUUCCAGGCUCACUAGGCUCUCUUGCUUAUCUGAGGUUCUUAAGACUCUCAGGCAACAAUCUCUCUGGAGAAAUGCCUUCGAGUUUGAGAAAUUGCAUGAGAAUGAUUAGCAUUGAUCUUAGUAAUAAUCAAUUGUCAGGGCUAAUCCCAUCUUGGUUAGGGGAAACGAUGAGAUCACUGUUAAUUCUUAGUGUAAGAAACAAUAGGUUUUCCGGCCCCAUUCCUUUAAAAGUCUGUAGCCUUUCAGGUCUUCACAUACUGGACCUUUCAGAAAACAACUUAUCUGGUUCUAUCCCGUCCUGUGUUGGAAAUUUGGAAGGCUUCAAGGAUGAGCUAACUUCUGCGGAAGCUAGCCAAUAUCAAGGGAAACUGAAACUGGAGGCGAAAGGAAGAAUACUUUAUUAUGAUACUAUCCUUUACCUAGUGAACAGUAUCGACCUUUCGAGCAACAGUUUAUCUGGAGAAAUCCCGGUAGAGAUAACAAGCUUAUCCAAGCUUGGAACCUUGAACUUGUCCGGGAACCAUUUGACGGGAACCAUACCAACGGAUAUUGGAAACCUGGGAUGGAUUGAAACCUUAGAUCUUUCCAAAAAUCAACUCUCAGGUCCUAUACCACCAAGCUUAACUACUUUAGACUUCUUGACACACUUGAACUUGUCUUAUAACAAUUUGUCAGGAAGAAUUCCCACUAGUACUGAGUUCCAAACCAAAGAUGAUCCAACAAUUUUCCAAGGGAAUGAUGCACUCUGUGGUCCUCCUUUACAACAGUGUUCUAAUGGGGGGACUACAAUAUCUGACGGUGGAAUGGAUGAUGACGGAGAAACAGAUGACGAAGAUAAACUUGAGAAAAUAUGGUUCUUUGCUUUUGCUGGUCUCGGAUACUUAGUUGGAUUCUGGGUAUUUUUCGGCACUUUGAUCUUCAAGAAAAGCUGGAGAAUUGCUUAUUUCAGAUUAAUUGAGACAUGCAUUUUGGAGUUCCAUGAAUGGUUUUGGAGUUUUCUACAGAAAUGUUUCAGUAAAGAGCAUAUUACUACUUUGUACGCAGCAUUUCUGGGCGAGGCUGUUCCCACAGCUUGCAUUCAGUGGAACAAUAACCCCCACACUUACAACAACAAAUAA